ACGGCCGAGUCUUUGCUACAGUAUCUUAUCCUGGCGAACGCAUUUAUACAAUCAUGGACAGUGUUAAGAUGGGCGUGAAGGAAAUGGUUAUUGAAGUGAAUGGACUUCCAGACGAAUACCCCAAUAAUAAAAUGAUUGACAAAUUAACCAUGCACUUUCUGAGACCCAGUAACAAUGGUGGAGAGGUUUUAAUAGUGAUAUAUCCCACCUCCAACAAAGGCCAGGCUUAUGUUGUUUUUGAAUCAGAAGUACCCCGAGUCUUGGACCAUAAUCAUGUUUUGGAACUGGAUGGUCAGUUUUACCCACUGGAUGUUAAAAAGAUACAUCAGCCUAAGUUUGAUAUGCCAGCUGAAGCAUUCCUUGAUGUGAGCAUGUUCUACAGUCAGAAAAGGAUCCGAAAUCUUCUUCAUAGCCACGGCUUUGAUGUGUCAGAGACCAGUUCAGGACAGCUGCAUUUGCAGGGAACCUUUCUUAACCUAAAACGCAUCCAUCCCAAACUCAUGCAUCUUCUGGCUCAAGAAACCCACUCGCAAAGAAGCACACCUUCGCAAUGCACUAAUGGCGUCUCAUCUGACUCUGUAUUCAGAGCUGUCUCCAGUGACUAUGAAUCUAGAUCUCAUUCAACAUCGAGGCACAGUCACAACAAUGGCCGCUCAGUGUAUGCUGCGGGCAGAAACCCAGAUUCUGGAAUAAACUCAAGAUCCCCAGAGUCCCCAAACAGGCAGGCACUCAUGCAGGCUGCCUCUCCACUGGAUGUUAGUUCAAGCGCAGAGAGUUCCUUCAGCAGUCCCACCAGGAGCUAUGAGGAUUCCAGCAAAAGCGCUCGGCAGCGGAAUCCCUCAUCUCACAGGAAAACUGAGGAUACCUUCCCUGUGGAUCCAUUCGCGUUUAAAUAUGCAAUGCACUUUAAGAAAGAUUUUAUUGAAAAAAUACAAUCUGAUCACCAAACUCGUAUUAACCAUGUAGAUGAUUCAGGAGUUGUUAUAGUUAAACUUUCAGGAGGAUCCUGUGAGGAAGCAGGUAAAGAAUUGCGUGAAUUCAUGCAGAACAUCACCUCAUCUUUACGCACGCAAGAAAUAGACCUGCAUAAACUUAGCAGCAGUCAAAGGAGACACAUUACUGAGAAGGCUUACUCAUUCCAAAAGAUCUACAAUGUUUUAAUUAGGGAGGAAAAGGACAUUCUCAAAGUGGUGGGUUCCUCUAAAGACAGUUAUGACGCGAAGGAAAAGCUUCUUGGACAGGAAGCUAGCAUUGCUUCGCCAAGACACUUUCUUUCUCACAACUUUCUGCGACGCAGCAGCUCUUUGCCAAAACAAAAAACAAGGCAUAGAGAGGAGAACCCAGACUUGGGAGGAAUUCCUGAUGCUGUGUACACUACUACUGUUAGUAGCUCCUCUGCCUCACAUUCCCGGACUGACUCUCAAUUACAGCCAGAAGUACAACAGGAAAGAGGUCGCAAGUCCUCUAAAUCCUCUAAAUCCUCUGCACAAUGUGGCAGGGCACACAGCGCCUCUCGAUUACAACACAAAAAUGAAAGCAGAGUAAACCAAGAACCAUCAGCUUAUGAUGAGCAGAAUUUGACACCCCCUAAAGAAGUUAAGACAUCUAAACAAGGGCACAUUCCUAAAAUAAUGGCUGCUUUUAUUCCUAAACGAAAGAUCAAGUUCAAAAACAAAAGUUAAAAUUGUUAAAACAACAUUAAAACAUGAAUUCCUCAUAGCCUUUCAUUGGAAAACACACUUUGAGACUUUUUAGAAGUCAGACACUUUGACACUACUUUAAGAGAGCAGUGGAAUGCUGCUCUAUGCUGAUAGUUCAAUUUGCUUAAUAACAUGUAUAUUCAUGAGACAAUUCUGGGUUCAGUACAAAAAGAAAAUUAAAAAUUGAUU